AUGCCCAACUGGAAAUCACUCGCAGAGCUGCAGAACGACGCGGUUGCGUUCGUCAAACUCAUCCAUGUUCUCUUCGGGGUAUACGCAUACGAAUGGGUCCUUUCUUUAGACUUUGAUUUCGGUUUUUUGUUGGGAAGGAGGAAAUUCCGUUGGCCGAUGAUUUUCUACUUCGCAAACAGAUAUCUCCUUCUUUCUGCCCUGGUAGGGAUCCCACUAAUUCACAGCAUUAUUUCCGUGGAUGUUACUUCGAAGGUCUCUUGCCAGGCCCUAUACACUUUCAAUCAAAUUGCAGGCAGUGCUGCAAUGGGUCUAGCAAACAUCAAUCUUUCGAUCCGAACGAUGGCGAUAUGGUCGCAAAAUAAAUACAUCAUUGGUCUCCUUAUCCUAAUCACUCUCGGUCACUGGUCCUUGAUAUUACAAGGUAUCCAACUGAAAGCAACCUGGGUCGACGGCUUGGGUUGCGUCAUCACCCAAACGAACAACACCAUCCUCGCCGCGAACUUCAUCUACUCAAUGUGUUUCGAUUUUAUCGUCCUCGUGCUCAACACUUACAAACUCCUCAAAUUCAAUGACAAGACGGCGAAUCUGCUUGGUCGGAGCCGACUCAGUCGAAUGUUAUUCGAGGAUGGGUUGAUCUUCUUCUCCAUAGCGUUCCUGGCAAACCUAUUCGCAACCGUGUUCAUGCUCCUUGACCUUAACCUGAUUAUGACUGUCAUCAAUGUCCCCGCUAUCAUUGUCUCCUCCAUCGUCGCAUGCCGCGCGGUUCGUCGCCUCACAAACUUCGCCAACUCAGGUCUGGAAGUCCAGUAG